AUGUGUAAUAUGGACUGAGGACUCCUUGUGGAAUUCCAUUGAAGAGAGUUAAGGGGAAAUUAGGGUUUAACGUCUGCAUUCACGUCCCUUCUAACUCCCAGUUUCCCUCAACAGCGCUUCCUUCUCACCUCCACCGCCGAUUUCCAGUCGCGGGUGAGUUCUCUACCCCUUCCUCAUUUCUUUUUCUGUUUCUUCUCUUUCCAAAAUCUUUUUCUCCUCUGCCUCUCAUUCUCUCAUUCCCUUCUACCCUUAUUCUCCCCGCCGGAGCUCCCCCCUCACAUCAGACAAAAUUAGAUCUCAUUCUUUUUUUUUUUUUUUUUUUCUUUCAUCAAUUUGGAAAAUCCUCCUUCUCCCAGACCUCUGUGUAUAAAUAUGAAACUUAGGAUUUUUAAUUUCCUCCAAAUUACCUCUUUUCUAAUCCUAUUAUGAAUUUUUUUCAUUGGUUUUUCAGUUCCCCCAAUUUUCGCUCUUCCAUUUUUUUUUCCUUUCCAUACACAUUCUUUCACAAAACCAUUUAUAGGGUUAUUCUGAAUAAUCUUCGAGUUCAAAUUGUUAAAGCACAAGUGAAAUUUUCUAUACAGGACAUGUUUGUAAGCAAUUUUUUUUAUUAUUGAAUUCAUUGUAUAGCUUGUAUGAUGAGCUUCAUCGAAUUGCAGAAGAAUCAACCAAGACAGUGAUAUUUUAAUAUUUUGGUUCAUUUUCAAAUAGAGUAACCUUGUAUAAAUUAAAUUUGGGUUAAGCUGUAAUUACUUAGGAGUGGAGGACUGAGUAGAAGCAAAAAGAGUAACCUUUAUGAUUUCUUUGUCAUAGACCCUACUUCCAAUUGUGUUUAUCAUUUCUUUGUUACCAAAUAUUUGCAUCCUUGUGUUUAUGUGUUUCUUUAUUUUGUUUUCUACUUUUUAAAAACAUUUUUAAAAUCUUUUAAAAAAUUUGGAAACCAUAAAUACUUUGUUUUUGCUUUCUGAAUUUCUUUUUCUAAGAAUCCAAAUGUGUUUCUAAUGAAGGGGAAAAUUUUACCAUCGACUCUUCUAGGAUUUUUGAAGUUGUGGACAAAAGUUCUUUCAACCCGAAACUAAUCGAAAAAGUUCACAACAUAUACUAAGUUCUUUUUAUUUGUUUAUUCUACUUGUCUCCUGUUCUGAGGUAGUUAAUCAUUGCUUCCUGCUCUUGAAUUUCAGUUUUUUACAGAAAUUUCUCAACCUUUCUUAGUCAAAAGCAACCUUGUUUUGUGGCCUACCGAGUAGUUAGUUCUGUCAGCAAAUGAAGAAUUCGUCACCAUUUGAACUGUCCAUACCUAAAAGAAUUAUUCAACCACUGUUCCUCGCAUCAAACUCUGACACCCUAGAAGCAUCCUUGGAAACCCUUAUUGAAGCUUCCAAAAGUUCUGAGGGUCGAUCAAAUUUGGCUUCUCAGAAUAUCCUUCCUUGUGUGCUAGAGCUCAUUCAGUGUGUUGUUUACACUUCUGGUGAUGUGCUUCUAUUGUCUUCCUUGAAGCUCCUAAGAAACCUAUGUGCUGGAGAAAUUAGAAAUCAGAACAUUUUCAUUGAGCAAAAUGGAGUUGGAGUUGUUUCGAAAGUGUUGCAGGAUGCUAUGGUGAUGAAUGAUCCUGAUCGUGUGACCAUUAGACUAGGACUACAGGUUCUAGCUAAUGUAUCACUAGCUGGAGAAAAGCAUCAACAAGCAAUUUGGCAUGGAUUGUUCCCUGACAAGUUUCUUUUACUUGCUCGUCUUCCAUUUUGUGAGAUUUCUGAUCCUUUGAGUAUGAUCCUCUACAACAUCUGUAGUGGACACUCUGAACUGGUUGCCUCACUUUGCGGUGACAUAGGGUUGCCUAUUAUUGAAGAGAUUGUGAGGACUGUAUCUUCAGUUGGUUUUGUCGAAGAUUGGGUGAAGUUACUCCUUUCAAGAAUCUGCUUAGAAGAACCUUAUUUUCCUAUGCUUUUCUCUCAAUUACGCCCUAUUGACACUUAUAAAGAUAGCAAUAAAGCCGAAUCUAGAGACGUUUCCUUUUCGUCAGAACAAGCAUAUCUUUUGACAGUUGUAUCAGAGAUAUUGAAUGAGCAAAUCGGAGAUAUUGUUGUUCCCAAGGAUUUUGCGAUGUGUGUGUAUAGAACAUUUCAGAGCUCCAUUUCUAUCAUCGAUUCUACCCCGGUAUCCAAGUGUAGUCUCCCAACAGGCACAAUUGCAGGAGAUGUUCUUGGGUACUCACUCACUAUUUUAAGAGAUAUUUGUGCACAAGAUAGCAGUAAAGGUGAUAAAGAUAUCUAUGAGGAUGCAGUUGAUGUGCUUCUCUCUCUUGGACUUAUUGAUUUGCUUUUAAGCAUUCUCCAUGAUAUUGAACCUCCAGCCAUACUAAAGAAAGCACUCCAACAAGUAGAGAAUGAGGAAGAUAGAACAAGUCUUCCAAAGGCGUUAAAAUCGUGCCCAUAUAAAGGGUUUCGAAGAGAUAUUGUUGCUGUGAUUGCAAAUUGUUUAUAUAGAAGGAAGCAUGUACAAGAUGACAUUAGACAGAAGAAUGGAGUGUUUGUGCUAUUACAACAGUGUGUUGCUGAUGAAAACAAUCCCUUUUUGAGGGAAUGGGGCAUAUGGGCUGUGAGAAACUUAUUGGAAGGAAAUUUAGAAAAUCAAAGGUUAGUAUCUGAAUUGGAAGUUCAAGGUUCUGCACAUGUGCCAGAGAUUGCUGAACUUGGUCUUCGAGUUGAGGUGGAUCCGAAAACUCGAAGGGCUAAGCUUGUUAAUAGCUCGCGACCAUUUCAAGACUCUUAGGUAGCUUUUGGGACUCAGAGUGAGUUAUUAUAAUCUAGUGUGGGUUAUUAUAAUCUGGAAGUUAAAACAAGGUGCAAGUAGGUAGAUUAAAGGUAGGUUAUUUUAAAAUGUGUAUAAUCGGUCUGUACUGUUAUUCUUUAUCAUGCAAAUAAUCAAUUUUCAUUUUCUUUCUUUUUCUA